AAGGAUGAGUGCUCUCAGGUCACCGAAGUGCCAGGUGGCCCACCUCAGCCCUUGGACAAGCUGCAGAAAUCUGGUGCCGUUCGCAAGAUCGUGGUACACUUCGAUCGAGCGGGACCUCCAGAGAAGGAAGAAGCCGAAAAAAUGGUCCGAUCGCCGCCUUCCAGCUGCCAGCAGGAUGAGAACCAGGAAGAGAAGGCCAUUAAAGAAAAAGAGGUCCAGGAUGGGUUGGAUCCCUGCAAGGAUACCCAGCCAUCCGUAUUGUCGAUGGUGGAGCAGAACGGGCUGGAUUUGCCCACUUCCUGCCUGUCCGGCUGCCCCUGUGUUUGCCAUCAACAAAACCCAGGGAUGGUCUUGGUUUGGGUCCCUGCAACGUCCCGGCUGCAGGAGGGGGAUAUGGAGAACGGGCUGGCCUCAGACGUAUCAUCCUCUGCCGAUGAAGGGGGGGGCUCCUUCCAAAAAUUCCUGGGACUCGGUGCACCGCCUACCCAGCCUUCCUCCAUUGCAGCGGGCAGGGUCCCGAAAUCUCGCCGCUUGUCCCGAAGCAAAAAGCCUGUUGACUCCCCGCCGUCCACCAACGGGCAUCCCGAAGGGGGUGUCGUCCUGACAAGUUACCGUUCCACAGCUGAGCCCCUUCCCCUACGCUGCCCGCCGUUGAUGCCCAAGCCGCCCCGUCGCAACAAGGGAGGUGGCUCUCUCUCUCUGGAUGGCGAGCUCCUACCUCCGGCCAUCCCACCGAAAGCCCCCGUGAAACCGCCUCGCAGCUCCUUGGGACCCUCGGCUCGUCGGAGUUCCCUCCAAUACCCGCUUGAGAUGAACCACCUUCCUGGCCGAGUCUCCCCUUUUGCUGUUGGGGAAGGCUUUCUCAUGUUGCCUCCCCCCACCCAGCCACCCCCACCUCCCCCCAAUUCUCAGACCCCUCCGCCCCUCCCCAUUUCUCAGACUCGCUCCCAGAUGUGCUCAGCCCCCCCUCUGCCCUCCCAGCCCCCUCCCCUGCUGCCCCAAGGUCUCCCUCCUCCGCCAACUCAGCCACCGCCACCUCUGGAAAGUUCACCUCUGGAUGACAGCCCUUUUCAAGGUGGCUGUGAAAAUGAAGAGAGCAGUUUCAGCGACUCGGAGACGGACAAGUCAGACAACAGGCACUCUUCGGUGCUACCGUCUAAGAGUCCAGACUGGGGGCUUUGCUUGCAGGAUGAGCCUUUGUAUCAAACGUAUCGCCAGGCUGUCAUCUCCAAAGAGAUCAAGAGGCAAACGGUUCCCCGCAACAGUAGUUUCAGCAGCUCGGACUACAGAGCCCCUUCUCCUGGCGAAGGGUCGAUGGGGCCCCAGGGCUCCAUCCCUCAUAGCACCCUUUGGCAGGAGCUGCCCGCUGUACGAGAAAGUGGCGUUUUGGAAAACAUCAGCCCAGAAGAAAGGAAAAUGCAGGAGAGUCUCUUUGAGGUGGUGACCUCUGAAGCCUCUUACCUACGCUCGCUCACCCUUCUGAUCGAGCACUUCAUGGAGUCUCGGGAGCUGGCUGGCACCAUCCUUCUGCGCGAGCACCGCAUUCUUUUCUCCAACAUACGCAAAGUCCAAGAAGUCAGCGAAAGGUUCUUACAGGAUCUGGAAUGGCGGUUGGCUGAAAGCCUGCAGAUCUCAGACGUUUGUGAUAUUGUAGAGGAUCACGCUCAACAGAGCUUCUCAGUCUACAUUGAUUACGUCCGUAACCAGCUCUACCAGGAGAAGACCUAUAGUAGCCUCAUGGAGAAGAACCCCCAGUUUGCCAUCGUUGUCACCCGACUCCAGGAGCAGCCCCAGUGCCAACGCCUCCCCUUCAUGUCUUUCUUGCUGCUUCCUUUCCAGAGGAUCACUCGUAUCAAGAUGCUCUUGGAGAAUAUUCUGCGCCGGACGGAGGAAGCUUCUUUGCGAGAACAAAAUGCCAUGAAAGCUCUAGCUUCUGUUUCCAAGAUCAUCGAGGAAUGUAACUCCGAGGUCGGCCGGAUGCGUCAUAUGGAAGAGCUGAUCCACACGGCCAGCAAGAUUGAGUUUGAUAAGCUGAAGGCCAUUCCAAUCAUAUCUCAGAGCCGACAGCUGCUAAAGCAGGGAGAGCUCCUGGAAGUUGUGCAUCGGGGCACCAUCUUUGGCAACAAGCCCAAACUGGUCCCCAUCUACCUGUUCCUCUUCAAUGACCUGCUGCUGGUCACUCAGCGCAAGAGCUCAGAACGCUUUGUGGUGCUGGAUUAUGCCCAUCGCUCGCUAGUCCAGGCCCAGAGCUGCGAGGACGCCUCCACCGGCCAAAAUGCAGAGAACAGCUUCUAUCUGACAUUGAUGGAGAACCACCAAGGGCGGAGUAGUGAACGCCUCUGUCGCGCCCCGACGCAAUCCGAUAUGCACCGCUGGAUGGGUGCUUUCCCAUGCCAUGAAUCCCAGGCUAAUAACAAGCAGGAAACCAUCUAUGAAGAUUGGGAUUGUCCCCAGGUUCAGUGCACAGAGACCUACAGCGCAACUCAGGCAGACGAGCUGAAUCUCGAACCAACAGACAUAAUCAACGUGUUACGCAAAACCGAGGGCUGGUACGAGGGCAUACGCCUAGCCGAUGGCAAGAAGGGCUGGUUCCCCUCUUCCUACGUGCAGGAGAUCACAAACGAACACGUACGCCGCCGCAACCUCCGUGAACGUUACCGUGUCCUCCAGGUGGCUCGCCAGCUGCAGCUGAUGCGCACCAAUUGCGUCAAAAGCAAGUACAGCUCAGCCUGAGACUGAAACCGCACAGUCAACAAAGCAAGUGACAGGGACACCCGGCUUGCAAUCAAUCUCAUGGCUGGACUCAAGGCUCGACUUCCAUUUCGCUGGGCGUGGAGCAGCAUUUGCCUCAAGAGGGCGCUGAAGACGGGGAGGAUGGUAGAGAGCAGUGGUGUUUCGGCUGAAAGGGCGGCCGAAGGGUGAGAGAGCGGAAGAGAGAGAUGCAAGCAUGCCCAGUUGACUGUCCGAAGUUUAUGGCAGCUGCAAUGCCAUACGCUAGCCAGUAGAGGCAGCAAAGGCAUUACUUCAAACACAUCCCUUCUGCCAGAAGGGGGCGACAACUGCAUUUUCAGUUGCAUUGCAGAGUUUACAGACUUGGCAACAACGACCUGUUGCGAUUGUUCCCAAGUUGUGUCCUAACUCCUCCGACUCUGCUUGGCAUCUCAGUAUUCCUGAGGGAUGACCGUGAACCUUCUCAGAGGAUUGGCGUAAAGAGGUGACACUCAUCUUCGCACGCUCAUCUUGUACCUUGAGAUAGCAACGGUGCCAUAUUUUAGGAGGUUCCCGGAUCCGAGAUAACGAUCAAAUGGAUUAUUGCCUUGUUGUUUAACCAGAAGGGUCUGUUCGACCUGAGCAGGUGUUCUACUUGCCCCACCGUUUUUUUGCAAUGACUUAUCCACCUGUUCAGAUACAUGUAACGAUUCAGGCCUACCACCCGUAGCCUUGUUUUGGAGCUAGUUGCAGGCUGGUUUGCAUUUCACCUACGUCGACACAUGUAUGUGCCUUGCCCUUCGCUGGUAGAACUCUGGUAGGCAGAACAGACUUCACCCCCCGCCCCCGUAAAAGGCGUCUUGCAAACGGGAUCCACACUGGUAUUACCAAUACCCUUAUCCUGAACCUGGUGCUGCCACGGCCAAUACUUCAAACCUUCCCAGUGGUCCUUAACCUGGACUCAGGUGAGCACCGUCCUCUACCUCAGUUCCUGUCCCUUCUGAGGCCAGGAAUCCAGGACUCUGUGGACCCAGCUGAUUCUAGCUCUUCUUCCCACCCUCGAGAGCUCAACAAACUUUUCUCCUUCAUGCUAACCCAGUGUUUCCCAAACUUGACAAUUUUAAGGCAUGAGGACUUCAACUCCCAGAAUUCCACAGCCAGCAACGCUGGCUGUGGAAUUCUGGGAGUUGAAGUCCACAUGCCUUAAAAUUGUCAAGUUUGGGAAACACUGUGCUAACCUGCCUUGACUACCCUGGAUUUUUCUCCUUUGCAAAAGCAAGGAAUUGCUCUUCUCUCACCUCCCCGUCUGGGAAGCUCACCACGGAUCGGCUCGUAUUUAUUAAAUGUGUUGCCCUCUUUCACUCUCGACCUGGAGGAAUUGCGGCUUUGGGGGGGGGGGGAAGGAAAGCGGAGGAGAUUGUAUUUUAAUUUAUUCUGCGCCAUAUUUGCUUGCGGUGUGUGACCUUUCUUGUGUUUUUUUUUUAAAAAUCCCAAACGGCCUUUUUUUUUUUUAAAAAAAAAAAAA